AGGUCAGUCAUGUUGUGGAAGGUACCUCUGAUGGUGGAGCUCAUUCUUCUGGGGACCCACAUCUACAGUUGUGAAUUUGUAGACAUUGACAAAAACACACAAGGUUUUGCCAUUUCUGUGGAGUUUGUGGUGCACAAGUUUAAUGAAGACCAGGAUGAUGAAUUUGCCUACAAGUUUCUGCGAGUCCGGAGAAGCCAGUACAAGAUACUGUCUUCUGUGUAUUUAAUAGAUGUGGAGAUGGGCCGUACAAUUUGUAAGAAACAUGAUGAAGACAUCGACAAUUGCCCUUUGCAACAAGGCCCAGGAGAGAAGAAGGUGCGUUGUACUUAUAUUGUGGAAACUGAAGAAUGGUUUACCCAGUUCACCGUCCUGAACAGCACCUGUCAGCAUACAUAA